AAGCAAGUGGUCCACCUCUCUUAACAUUGAUUAUAGAUUACUAGCAUUUUCAAGGCAAAUCGGAUGGAAUUUGUCGCUGCACCACCAGUGCAUAGAGUCCUAUGUGCGGACUGUGGAACGCCCAUCGUCCCUAAUUCUGCCAAUCUAUGUGUAGCGUGCCUACGGAAUACGCAAGAUAUCACCGAAGGCAUCCCCAAGCAAGCAUCCGUAUCAUUCUGUCGAAACUGUGAACGAUUCCUCGCGCCGCCUCAGUCAUGGAUGCUUGCUAGACCAGAAUCCUCCGAGUUGCUCGCUAUCUGCCUAAAAAAGCUGAAAGGUCUGAGUAAGGUGCGGCUGACAGAGGCACACUUCAUAUGGACCGAGCCGCAUUCCAAACGGCUGCGUGUGUCAUUGACUAUUCAAAAGGAGGUCCUCACAAACACCAUAUUAGAGCAGACGUUCGAGGUAGAGUACCUGGUGCAGCAUGGACAAUGUCCCGAUUGCGCAAAACUUGCCGCCAAAAACACUUGGAAAGCACUUGUUCAAGUGCGACAGAAAGUUACACACAAACGGACAUUUUUGUUCCUAGAGCAGCUCAUUCUGAAGCACGGUACUCAGAAGGACACAAUCUCUGUCAAGGAAGUUCGGGAUGGUCUUGAUUUCUUCUACAGCCAGCGUAGUCAUGCCCUUAAGAUGGUUGAAUUCCUAGGUGGAGUCGUGCCUAUCCGUCAAAAAGCAUCGGAACAACUGUUGUCGUCUGAUACUCACAGUAACACCGCCAACUUCAAGUAUACGUAUUCCGUUGAGAUUGUUCCCGUAUGUAAAGAUGAUCUCGUCUGUAUCCCGCUCAAGCAAGCACGACAACUGGCCAAUAUAAAUCCCCUGACGCUCUGUACCCGCGUCGGGAACUCGCUUCAGCUUCUCGAUCCAUCUACUCUUCAAGCCUGCGAAAUCACGGCACCCACGUAUUGGCGCACACCCUUCGAUUCCCUUGCGACUGUGUCCGAUCUCGUGGAAUUUACUGUUCUCGACAUUGAGCCCGAUGGCCGGUCUCGGGGAAAGUACGUCCUCGCUGACGCCCAAGUGGCCCUCGCUGGUGCCUUCCGAUCCGGAGGUAUGAACACCGAUGACGACGGCAUGAUGGACUACGAGAGCAGUGGCUUUACAAAUCAGAUAUUCCAUACACGGACGCAUCUUGGGGCGAUCCUUCAGGCAGGGGAUACCGUCCUAGGAUACCACCUGACGAACGCGAACUUGAACUCGGAUGAUUUCGCAGAGCUUUCCUCUGAUCGGAUACCAGACAUAAUAUUGGUGAAGAAGACUUAUCCGAACAGACGCAAGAAGAACAAGGCCAGAAAUUGGAAGUUGAGGAGUAUUGGCAAAGAGGCUGGAGAGGAGGGAGAGACUGGGAGUGGACGAGGGGUGGUGGGACGGAUGGGAGGUAGAGAUCAAAAGAAGGUCGAGGAAGAUUACGAGUUGUUCCUUCGGGAUAUCGAGGAAGACGAAGAGAUUAGAGGGGCGGUGAAUCUAUACAAGGCCGGGGACGUGCAGAUGAAAUCAGACAAAGAGAGGGCUAGAGGGAAGCGGAAUAAUCAAUAUGCGAUGGAUGUGGACGAAACGCCUGCCGUUGAAACUGACGACGAACAGGAAGAGGCCGAUUUCCCGGAGGUCAGGCUGGAGGACUUGUUGGAGGACUUUGACGAGAUGACAUUGGCUGACCACCACGAGUAGACGAUUUCAUCGAUUUGUUGACAUGUCGAGACUGAGAAUUUGCGGCGGGUCACUAUCAUUUGAAAUGAAAUUUGAUUAUCGUUGUAGCGCGUCAUGGCGGGUCAAGGCACGGUAUCCAGAGUAGGUAUCCUUAUGAAGGUAAAGUGCUUAGAGCUAGGUCCAUGGUGUCGAAAUCAUUUUCAUGUCGAUGUUCGUUUCGUGGAAGUCCAGAACUUUUGUAGGGGCUGCGAGAGGAUUCAUUAGACAGA